ACGCCAAAGAAAACAACAACUUGUCUUUAGGACAAACCAAGGAGAAGGCUGCGAGAAAGUCGGAAUGAAUCGUUGUACAAGGAUGGCUACCUCAAGUUACUGUAUGUUAAGAAGAAAUGUGAGUCACACUUUAACAAACAGAGCAAUACUAAUGCAACAGCUACGACGAUGGUAUCAUCCUCCACCAGCCAUAGCAGCAGACUUUCAGGGUUUGCUUGUGGAUCUGCGCUCAGACACAAUAACAAAACCAACAUUAGGAAUGAAGCAAGCGAUGAUGGAUGCCCUACUUGGGGAUGACGUCUAUCGCGAAGAUCCAACUGUCAAAGAGUUGGAGAGAAGAAUGGCCAUUUACACAGGGAAAGAAGCUGCUUUAUUUGUACCUUCAGGAACAAUGGGAAACCUCAUAGCUGUCCUUGGCCAUUGUGAGAAUCGAGGGUGUGAGGUGCUCCUUGGAGAUCAGGCACACAUAUUCUUAUAUGAGCAGGCUGGCAUGGCGCAGUUAGGUGGUGUGCAGCCUCACAUUAUACCCAACCGAGCUGAUGGAACAUUUGACGUCAGUGAAAUACCUGCCCGAGUUAGAGAUGAGGAUGUACACUGUCCACGAACAGCCCUUGUGUGCAUUGAAAAUACCCAGAAUGUUUGUGGUGGCAAAGUAAUACCAUUAUCGUGGAUAGAUGAGGUUGGCAGCAUAGCAAAGUCCAUAGGUAUUCCCCUUCAUAUGGAUGGAGCUCGCUUAAUGAAUGCUGUGAUUGCAAGUGGGGAAAGUGCUCCUCGGAUUUUGCAAGCCUGUGAAACCGCAUCUAUAUGUCUAAGCAAGGGCUUAGGGACUCCUGUAGGUUCUGUGAUUGUGGGCAGUGAGGAGUUUAUGUACAAAGCAUUACGUCUUCGUAAAGUUUUGGGAGGCGGGAUGCGGCAAGCUGGAAUGUUGGCAGCAGCAGGGCUUUAUGCCAUGGAUAACAUGAUAAACCGUUUAGCAGAUGACCAUAGACAUGCUCAGCAGCUGGCACAAGCAAUUUAUGGAAUGGGAAGCAGAUCUGUAAAGUGUAGCCCAGCUGAAGUGCAUACAAAUAUUGCUAUAGUACAUCUAACAACAGAUAUCAUAACCCCAGAACAAUUUUGCAAGAGAUUGUUAGUGGUAAGUGAAGAAGAGAUUUCUGAAAUUGGGGAAGUGGCCAUCAAAGUCUUACCAUGGACAUCAGACUCUGUGCGUUUUGUAACACACUUUGACGUAAGUAGUGAGGGUAUUGAAGCUGCAGUCGCAAAGCUCAAGUAUGUUAUAAGUGAGGUUGAUAGUCAGUUGGAUUAAGCCAGAUGAAAUGAGUGAUUUUUUUUCUUUAAGAAACUUGGAAGUGCAUAAUAGGCAUAGUAAAUAAUGAGACAGGUUAUUUGGACAGUCAGUUACUAACAUUCAUAGAUGUAGAUAGGCAUAAGAUGUUUUAGUUCUAAUUAAGGUGUAAUAUGAAUUUCCAUGGAUAAAAAGAAGUAUUUUUGUAAUUAUGGUACAAAAAGAUGUAUUUUUGAUAAUGAGGUGUAUAAUAUUUUCUUGUUAUAUAAAAAAUGUAUAUUUCAAUACAAAUUAAUAUUAUUGAAAUUGUAUAUUAGAUUCUCUACAGGCAGAAAUCUGCCAACAUAUUAUUGAAAAGGUUGAUUUCACUGGGCAUUGCAAGAAAAAUAAUGUGUGCCAUUGCUGUUUAUCAUUGUUUAGCAGUAAAAUACUCUAGGAAAUAUAAUCUAAUAUUAAGAUAUGUGUUCAGAAUAAUGUGUAUACACGUCAUAUAUAUGUAAGAUGAAGAAAUUUGAAGUGAAAUGAACCAUAUUCCAUAUUUUGUAUUAGAAGGAAAUGAUGUACUUAGAUAUACCCAUGCUAUUAACUUUGCAUCCAAUUGUGCUGGAUACAGUUUAUAAUAUUUAUUUGCUUCAUGGAACUUCCACAUUCUGUUGCAUUUUCACUUCUUUAUCCUUCUGUUUUUCUUUCUUCUCUUGCUUUUGUUUUAUGGCUAGCAGCCUCUAAUUCUUUUACUUUGUAUUUUCUGAUUUGGACUCAGGUGGUCAUAAAACAUCUUGAGAUGUUUUUAGACCAAAUUUCUCUAAGGUUCCUUAUAUAAACAUAGUCUAUAUUGUUUGGAAAGCUGAACAUGUGCUUUGAUUUUUUGUAGUAUAAUAGUAUAACUGGAUCCAAAGGAGUAUUUAUGUGUAAGUACCUACCAGUGUUAAGAUUGUAUUUAUUUCCUUUUCUGUUUUUCUCAGUAAAGCUACAUAUUAUCCCCCCCCUCCCCUUUUUUGGCAUGGUGCUUACCCCAUCAUGUCUGUAUUUUUAUGAUUUAUUGAUUUCAUGAAUAAUAUUUGAUUUAGAAGAUUUAUUUUCCAUUCAGUAUAUAACCGAUUUGAAAAUGUGCUCUCAUUUGUACAGUAAUGGUAUUUAGGCAUGUGAUUCAACAUUGUUUUACUAAUGGGAAACUGUUUUAGUAAUUAGCCACACAUAAUGAAUUUUGAGAUUUUUCAAGUUUCAAAGAUUGAAGAUAAAUUCGAAGCACGCUGUAUGAUUUCUGCACUUGGAAUCACAUUCUGCAAUUUUAGAUAUUAGCCUGAAUUUUUUAUAACUCUUUUCCAUCACAAUUUAUUUCUUAUUUAUUAAAAGCAGCUAGCCAGGCUUUUAUCAUGAAUAUGGGAUAUAAUAGGUUUCGUGAUAAAGUAAAAAAUAAUUUGAUAUCAAAUUUGUGUGAUUCCCACUAUAGAAUGUACUUAAUAUAGCUAUAUAUAUUUUUUUUAUUAUUCUUGGUGGUUGUGUACGAAGGUAUUGUAGAUGAGGAUGAAGGAAUCAGAAUGUAAUUAAUAUAUGAUAAUUGUUAUUGUUGUCAGAUGUCCACUUGUGCUUGGAAUAUAGUAAUGAUAGGGUUUCACUUGCAAAUCCUUGAUUGUAAUUAUGUUUUGUAGAAGUAUAUUAGAAAGAGCUAGUUUAUUUGGUGCUCACUGCUUUAAAGGUUUAUUGAUUUGUCUAUUGAAAUGCUCACAGCCAGUGCAGUAGUUGAGUGUCCAGAGAUUUGUUAAUCAUUUGUUUCCGAUAUAAUGCGUUUUGCUAUAUGUCUUUUGCCCAGUCUCAAUUUGCUUAUAUAUAAUCCUCGCCUCUUCUAUUUUAUUACUUGAUUUGAUUUAUUAUUAUUGUUAUUAAUGUUAUUAUUAUUAUUAUAAUUAUUGUUAUUUUUUUAUUAUUAUAAUUAUUAUUAUUUUUUUUUAUUAUUAUUAUUAUAAUUAUUAUUGUUGUUGUUCUUGUUAAUAUUACUUAUUUUAUUAGCUAUUAUCAGUUAGUAUUAGUUAUUGUUACCACCCAGCCAAACAUUGUCGCUCCACAGCCAGCUGCUGUCUAUGUGCCCAACCUGGUCAUAACUGUUCAAAUUGCCCUGCUUAGUCAGGUACAUGUGCCAAUUGUGGAGACCCAUAAUGUGUUU